UCAAGUACGACUCCGACAGAAACAAAUCAUUAUCACAUUCAUAUUCGCUGUUGAUUUAUAGCUGUAUAUUUUCCUUUUAUAAAACCCUAUAUAUAUAUAUAUAUCCCAAUUUAGAACGCUUCUCCAUCAUCUAUAUCGAUCAUCGCCUCCGCAUACAUUCAACGUCAUAAACAAAUUAAAGAGAGAGUGCUGCAGGGCCGGGGUCGGAUCAGGAGAGUAAUUCGGGGGUGCUGCAGGGCCGGGGUCGGAUCAGGAGAGUAAUUCGGGGGAUGAUGGCGGCGGCGAAUGCGACAGCGGUGGCGGUGGCGGUGGCGGUGGCGAAUGCGUGCCCGGGGCCGAUGAAGGCGACGUCGAACGGGUCGUGGCAGGGGGACAACCCGCUCGACUACGCGCUGCCGCUGGCGAUACUGCAGAUCUGCCUGGUGGUCGCCCUCACCCGCACCCUCGCCUUCCUCCUCCGCCCCCUCCGCCAGCCCCGCGUCAUCGCCGAGAUCAUUGGGGGGAUUCUGCUGGGGCCGUCGGCGCUGGGGCGGAGCAGCAGGUUCCUGGAGACGGUGUUCCCGAAGCAGAGCCUGACAGUGCUGGACACACUGGCGAACGUGGGGCUGCUGUUCUUCCUGUUCCUGGUGGGGCUGGAGCUCGACCUGCGCGCACUCCGCCGCACGGGCCGGCAAGCCCUGGCCAUCGCGCUGGCCGGCAUCUCGCUGCCCUUCGCCCUCGGCAUCGGCACGUCCUUCGUGCUUCGCGCCACCAUCUCCCAGGGCGUGCGCGAGGGGCCCUUCCUCGUCUUCAUGGGCGUCGCCCUCUCCAUCACCGCCUUCCCCGUGCUCGCCCGCAUCCUCGCCGAGCUCAAGCUCCUCACCACCGACCUCGGCCGCAUGGCCAUGUCCGCGGCCGCCGUCAACGACAUCGCCGCCUGGAUCCUCCUCGCCCUCGCCAUCGCACUCUCCGGCUCCGGUUCCCCGCUCGUCUCCCUCUGGGUGCUCCUCUCCGCCGCCGCCUUCGUCGCCCUCGUAGCCCUCGCCGUGCGGCCCGUCCUUGCCUGGAUGGCCCGCCGCUCCCCCGAUGGCGAGCCCGUCAAGGAGACCUACAUCUGCGCCACGCUCGCCGCCGUGCUCGCCGCCGGGUUCGCCACCGACACCAUCGGCAUCCACGCGCUCUUCGGUGCAUUCGUGGUCGGCGUGGUCAUCCCCAAGGACGGGCCCUUCGCCGCCGUGCUCACCGAGAAGGUGGAGGACCUCAUCUCCGGCCUCCUCCUCCCACUCUACUUCGCCUCCAGCGGCCUCAAGACCAACGUCGCCACCAUCCGCGGUGGGCAGUCCUGGGGCCUGCUCGUGCUCGUGAUCGCCACCGCCUGCCUCGGCAAGGUCGGCGGCACUGUGCUCGUCUCCCUCGCCCUGAAAGUGCCCGCUCACGAGGCCGUCACGCUCGGCUUCCUCAUGAACACCAAGGGCCUCGUCGAGCUCAUCGUGCUCAACAUCGGCAAGGACCGCAAGGUGCUCAACGACGAGACCUUCGCCAUCCUCGUCCUCAUGGCGCUCUUCACCACCUUCAUUACCACGCCCCUCGUCACCGCAGUCUACAAGCCCGCACGCCGUGCCGCCUCCGGCCGCAAGCACCACCGCACAGUGCAGCGCUGCAACGAGGACGCAGAUGGCGCCGAGCUCCGCGUGCUCGCCUGCUUCCACGGCAGCCGCAACAUCCCCGCCAUCAUCAACCUCGUCGAGUCCUCGCGCGGCAUGCGCCGCCGCGGCCUCACCGUCUACGCCAUGCACCUCAUGGAGCUCUCGGAGCGGUCCUCGGCAAUCUCCAUGGUCCACAAGGCGCGCCGCAACGGGCUCCCCUUCUGGAACAAGCGUCGGUCCGACGAGGGCGGCGACCAGCUCGUCGUCGCCUUCCAGGCCUAUGGCCAGCUCAGCAACGUGUCCGUGCGCCCGAUGACGGCCAUAUCUGACCUGCACACCAUCCACGAGGACGUCGUCACCAGCGCGCAGCAGAAGCGCGCUGCACUCAUUGUCCUGCCCUUCCACAAGCUCCAGCGGCUCGACGGCGCCAUGGAGACGCUCGGCGGCGACUACCAGCACGUCAACCAGCGCGUGCUCCGCCACGCCCCCUGCUCCGUCGCCGUGCUCGUCGACCGCGGCCUCGGUGGCGCUGCGCAGGUCUCCGCCAGCGAGGUCUCCUGCACCGUGGCCGUGCUCUUCUUCGGGGGCUGCGACGACCGUGAGGCGCUCUCCUACGGGGCCCGCAUGGCCGAGCACCCAGGGAUCGCGCUCACCGUAGUGCGGUUCAUCCCCCCGCCCGGCCGGUCCAAUCUGCUCGAGGACGGCAGCAAUGGAAGUGUCGGGAUCGGCGUUGACGCCGACGACCAGGCGGCAGACGAGGCGUUCCUCGCCGAAUUCAGGGCCAAGCCGGCGGCGGCGGCCAACGAGUCCAUCAAGUACGAGGAGGUGGCAGUGGGCAGCAGGGCGGAGAUCGUGGCGGCCGUGAAGGCGGUCAGGCGGUUCAACCUCUUCGUUGUGGGGCAGUCGCCGGCGUGCAUGUCAUUGACGGACCGGAGCGACACGCCGGAGCUCGGGCCCGUCGGGAGCUACCUCGCGUCGUCGGAGUUCUCCACGACGGCGUCCGUCGUCGUGAUCAAGCAGUAUGACCCCACCGCAGCUGCCGCCGCUGCGGCGGAGACCUCCACAGCAGUGGAGGACGUGGCCGAUCAGUAUGAUGUUCCCGACACGCCGGUUGCUACCGACCGUUCCCGCCAUUAAUCAAAUAAGUAGCCGUUCAAAUCUGCGUUCUACUUGGUAAUUAAUUGAAAAACUAAAGCAAUCUCAUAUACUGAAAAAAAAAAAAGAGCAGUGGAUGAGGUGUGACAAUGUUUACUUAAGUAUAUUACUCAAUUUAUUAGUACUUUACAUAGUUGUAGUUUAUGAAAUAUUGGUGUGUGGAUUGAGGAGAUAAUCCACUCUAUUUUCGAUUGAUAAUUUAUAACGAGCAUGAACAUGUUUGGUAAA